AUGUGAAGAGGUCGUUGUGGGUUGUACUCUAUCUGUCAUCGACCCAUAUCACUUUCGUCACCUUCACAAAUAGAUUCGUCACAAUCAUCUUAAUUCCAGAAAUUCCAUUAAUUCAUAACCUAAGCCUUCACUACUCCGAACUCCAAUUUCUUCAACUGUUCCACACUCUUGCCCGAUCUUCUGCCUCCAAGAUCUUGCCAUUUGGGAUUGGUGACCUGGAGUUGGAAAUGGUUAAAAGUUAUGAAGUGCUCUGAUUUGCAAAAGAUAUCAUGUUGCAGUGCUUAGAGGGAUUUAAGCCUUUAUUUUCUUCCAUAUUAAGAUGUUGUGACCUGGAUAUAUAUAACCAGCCAAGAGGCCUUGAAGAUCCUGAACUUCUUGCUAGAGAGACAGUGUUCAGUGUAAGUGAAAUAGAAGCACUUUAUGAGCUCUUCAAAAAGAUCAGCAGUGCUGUAAUCGAUGAUGGGCUGAUUAACAAGGAAGAGUUUCAGUUGGCAUUGUUCAAGACAAAUAAAAAAGAAAGUUUGUUUGCAGAUCGGGUAUUUGAUUUAUUUGACACAAAGCACAAUGGUAUACUGGGUUUUGAAGAGUUUGCUCGUGCUCUCUCCGUUUUCCAUCCAAAUGCCCCUAUUGAUGAUAAGAUUGAAUUUUCGUUUCAACUGUAUGAUCUCAAGCAGCAGGGUUUUAUUGAAAGGCAAGAGGUGAAGCAAAUGGUAGUUGCCACACUUGCUGAAUCUGGCAUGAACCUAUCAGAUGAUGUUAUAGAGAGUAUAAUUGACAAGACCUUUGAGGAAGCAGAUACAAAGCAUGAUGGCAAGAUUGACAAGGAAGAGUGGAGAAACCUUGUUUUGCGCCAUCCAUCACUUUUGAAGAACAUGACCCUUCAAUAUCUCAAGGACAUCACCACAACAUUCCCAAGCUUUGUAUUCCAUUCACAAGUAGACGAUACUUGAAGAUAAUUUCUGCUAUGGUUUCUUCCUUUGGGCAGCAGGGCCACCUCUUGUGUAGAAAAGGGCAUGGCAGAUAGCCUUGCUUACCUUACAUUGGUUAUAUCUUUGAAUAAUACAUUUUGUUUUGUGGAUUCAUUUGCUGGGUUUCACUUUCUCAUUUUUUCUUCAAACUUCCAGACACACGUUUGGUUCCCAUUUUUCAAAACUAGGAUUUCAAAAGCAAGAUGGAAGGUUGUGUAAAGUUUGUUUCAAAUUGUGGGUUAUGAUAUAUUGGUUGAUAAUGAUAGUCAAGAUUUCAAAAUAUUUGGAAAUUAUUUAUAGUUUAUUUUUCCUUUCCCA